CGGGGCAUCUCUAUGGUUUAGACAUCCUAGAAGGACCGGAACGACACUUCCGGGAAGAUGGCGGCGCACCAGUCAGAACGGGCACAUGUUUCCGCGGAGAGAACCUCACGGUGACGGGGUGAUCGUGACCUUGUCUCUGGUGAGGGCCAAAGGACAGUGACUCUUUUCUCACCAUGAGUGUCACCCCGGAGGUCAAGAGUCGUGGGAUGAAGUUUGCUGAGGAGCAGCUGCUAAAGCAUGGAUGGAAUCAUGGCAAAGGCCUGGGCCGGAAGGAGAACGGCAUCACCCAGGCCCUCAAGGUGACGCUGAAGCAGGACACUUAUGGGGUGGGCCAUGACCCUGCCAAGGAGUUCACAAACCACUGGUGGAGUGAGCUCUUCAACAAGACUGCAGCCAACUUGGUGGUGGAAACUAGGCAGGAUGGAGUACAGAUAAGGCACCUUUCUAAGGAGACCACCCGUCAUAAACAUCCCAAGCCCAACUUGCUGUAUCAGAAGUUUGUGAAGACGGCCACACUGACUCCAAGUGGGGAGAAGCCAGACAAGGACGUGGAGAGCUACAGUGAUGACGACAACCAGCGGCCCAGGCCUCCAAAGAUUCUGACCGAUGAGAUGCUGCUCCAAGCCUGUGAGGGGCGAACUGCACACAAGGCUGCCCGUCUGGGGAUCACAAUGAAAGCUAAGCUUGCUCGGUUGGAGGCCCAGGAGCAGGCCUUCCUGGCUCAUCUCAAAGGCCAGGACCCUGGGACCCCUCAACUGCAGUCUGAGAGCAGGCCCCACCGGAAAAAGAAAAAGAAGAAAAGGAAGCAGGAAGAGGAAGCAGCAGCAACUGAAAGGAACGCAGAGGAGACCCCAGAGCAUACCAACCGGAGCGCCAGGAAGAGCAAGAAAGGACAGCAUCAGGGAGAAAAGGUUGCAGGUGAGAGAGAGGAAACAGCACCGGGGAGUGAGGCAGGAGAGGCCACAGGAACAAGUGGGCUCUGGGAACCGAAGAGCAGAGAACCACCUGAUCAGUACUUCAGGACAAGGACACAGCAGCAGCAUGAAGAGGCGGUGGCAGUGAGGACCUCAGACAGAGGAGGAGCGCAGGCUGUCGGUGGGGUCAGGGCAGGGGAGGUAGAGAGCAGAGCACACACUGACCCACGCAACAGAAGCAGGAAGAGGCGGCAGCCUGAGGACCACGUGAACAUACAGGAGGAAGCAGGCCAGGAGGCUGUUAGACGGUGGGACCAGGGAGGCAGAGAGCAGAGCAUGCAGUGACAGGAAAAGCAAGAGCAAGAAGAGGCGGCGGCAUCAAGAGGAUGAGGAUGCCUUGGGUGCAAGGGAUGAAGGAGAUGAGGAGGUGGGCGAGACUAAGGAAGCAGAGCUCAGAGCACAC